CUCUAGAUUUAAGCACCUUAUUUAGUUCCCGGCAAUGAAAAUCAGGCGUAAGCUGGUCUGCGUCUGCCAUAUAUAAAGACGUGGCGUGGACGCCAGACCCACUCUGGUGUUUGUCCACGUCCACCUCAUUCUUCAUCAUUGCUUCCACUUUGAGAAGAAUGGCGUCCUCCAAACUGGUCCUUCUUCUGGUCCUGCUGUCCUGCAUCGAGAGCAGUCUGGCCACCUCCUGUGUGGUCGACAGCUUCAUGGUCAAAGAGGACUUUGACCCCAAGAGGUAUUCCGGGAAGUGGUACGCCCUGCAGAAGAAAGAUCCGGAAGGCUUGUUCCUGCAGGACAACAUCUCCGCAGAAUACACCAUUGACGAUGACGGCAGCAUGACGGCUUCCUCCAAAGGACGUGUCACUCUCUUCGGCUUCUGGGUGGUAUGUGCCGACAUGGCCGCCCAGUACUCCGUCCCAGACCCCGCCACCCCCGGCAAGAUGUUCAUGAAUUACCAGGGACUGGCCAGCUACCUGUCCAGUGGAGGUGACAACUACUGGGUGAUUGACACCGACUACGACAACUACGCCAUCACCUACGCCUGCCGCACAGUGAAGGAGGAUGGCAGCUGCGACGACGGCUAUGCCCUGGUCUUCUCCAGAAACCCCCGCGGUCUGCCCCCAGCCAUCCAGCGCGUUGUGCGUCAGAAGCAGGAGGACAUCUGCAUGGCUGGUCAGUUCCAGCCCGUGCUGCAGUCCGGAGCUUGCUGAGGAAGAGAAUGCGAGUGCCACCGAGCUGCAGUGUUUGUGGCUUCAACGCAGGAGAUGUUUGCAUGAACAAAUUCUGUAAAAGCAUACAAGAGCGACCACACUUUACAUCCUCCACCUGGAGUCCAAAGUUCUGUUGGUCUAUGAGUGAAUGUGACAUCACAACAUAAAAUAAAGUAUUUUUUUCUAACAA